AUGGCCCAGGACGUGGGCAGCCUGGCCUCGGUGCAGAGGUACUUGCGAGGCACUGGCUGCAUCUCCGGCUUGCUGCUGCCCGGCUCCCAGGAGCCCCUCAGCAUCCACGAGACUUGUAGGAAGGGGCUUCUCAGGCCCGGCACAGCCCUCACCCUCCUGGAGACGCGAGCAGCCACUGGCUUCAUCAUCGAAGAAAACAAGGGGUAUUCGGUGGAGGAGGCACUGAGGGCUGGCGUCAUUGGGCCCGACGUGUUCGCGAGGCUGCUGUCGGCCGAGCGCGCCGACGGCUACACCGACCCCUACACCGGGGAGCAGAUCUCUCUCUUCCAGGCCAUGAAGAAGGGCCUGGUCCUCAGGGAGCACGGCAUCCGCCUGCUGGAGGCCCAGAUCGCCACAGGCGGCGUCAUCGACCCCGUGCACAGCCACCGCCUGCCCGUGGACGUGGCCUACCGGCGCGGCUACCGCGACAAGGAGAUGAACCGCGUCCUGCAGGACCCCAGCGACGACACCAAGGGCUUCCUCGACCCCAACACGCACGAGAACCUCACCUAUGUGCAGCUGCUCCAGAGGGCUACUCCUGACCCAGAAACAGGCCUCUUGUUUCUUCUCUGUCUGGAAACGCGUUCUGAGCAGUGUGAGUGA